AUGCGGUUUAUAAUUUGGUUCCUUCUGGCAUUCAUGCUAAAUUACGUUACGUCUAUAGGAAGCUUUAAUACUCAGAGCAGCCAAAUUAGGAGUACCAGUAGAAUUAAUGAUAACAGUCACAGCAGCACAGAAAUUUUAUUUACUCGCACACUACUUGAUGCUGCACAUGGUCACUCGUCCCAAACUCUACUUAAUGAUGAGGAGGAUAUUUUGGAGAAUAGUGACGGUGUAAUUGAUGGAUUUACAUCGGCAAGUUUGAAGUUGGCGCUUACUGGAAACGGCGGCGGAAGUGCUCCGUCAGCGUCUGCUUUAUCGCACUCACAGUUCGGCGGUGAAGAAGUUAAAGACGUCCAUGAGAGGAGUUCAGCAGAUACCAAAAACUAUAGCAGCAUAAUUACGAGUGCUAUUCACUUCGAUACACCUUUAAAUCAUUUGGUCGUCGACACAUUCACUGGAAGAGUGUUUGUUGGUGGUGUAAAUUUUUUAUAUCAACUUUCACCGGAACUAGAAUUACACGAAAAGGUAAAAACCGGCCCAAGAAAUGACUCUGUUGAGUGUACGGUAUUAGACUGUCCAGCACAUGCUAUGCGCAGACCUACAGAUAACUACAACAAAGUACUUUUAAUAGAUCGUGCAACUUCGCGCCUGAUAGCAUGUGGAUCCCUAUUUCAAGGAACAUGUACGGUACGUAAUUUACAAAAUGUUAGUAUAGUGGAGCAGGAUUUACCAGAUGCAGUGGUGGCGAAUGAUGCAAACUCUUCCACUGUGGCAUUCAUAGCGCCGGGACCACCACAACCACCUAUCACCAAUGUUAUGUAUGUUGGUGUCACUUACACAAAUAACUCUCCCUAUCGGAGCGAGAUACCUGCGGUUGCCUCACGUUCACUGGAAAAAACUAAAAUGUUCCAAAUUGCAUCAUCGGCUGUGACAACAGGAACACGUACUUUCAUUAACUCGUAUGCCCGGGAAGGGUAUUUAAUAAAUUACGUAUAUGGCUUCAGCUCGGAGCGAUUCUCGUAUUUUCUAACGACUCAAUUGAAACAUAAUUAUCACUCCUCUCCAAAAGAGUACAUAACUAAACUUGUUCGAAUUUGUCAGGAGGACUCGAAUUACUAUUCUUACACGGAAAUCCCAAUUGACUGCAUAACUGGCGGAACUAAGUACAAUUUAGUUCAGGCUGGGUACUUGGGCAAGCCAAGCGCAGAUCUAGCCGGAAGUUUGGGUAUAACUGUUCAAGAUGACGUUUUAUAUGGAGUUUUCAGUGUUGGAGAUGGAAAUGUUUCUACUGAUAACUCAGCGUUGUGUAUAUAUUCUUUGAAAUCUAUUCGACGAAAAUUUAUGCAGAACAUAAAAUCUUGUUUUAACGGUGUAGGCUCUCGAGGACUGGGAUUUAUAUCGCCAAACAUGCCGUGUGUACCGACGAAAUUGCAAACGAUUGGAGAGGAUUUUUGUGGCCUCGACGUAAACUCGCCAUUGGGUGGUGAACAACCCAUCGCAGUGGUACCGGUUGCUAUGUUUAAUACUCGACUUACCGCGGUUGCUGCUACAAGUACCAGUGGUUAUACAGUUGUAUUCAUUGGAACCUCAAAAGGGUAUUUAAAAAAAGUAGUUGUAGAAUCGGCUGACUCCGCAAAUGAGUAUGCUAAUAUACCCAUAAAAGUAGGUUCAGCUAUCAAUCCAGAUAUGCAUUUCGAUAGUCGGAAUCUAUACAUUUAUGUAAUGUCGCGUAAUGAAGUUGCCAAAGUAAAGGUGUAUGAUUGCUCAGAUUACGGCACUUGUGGAGAAUGUUUGGGAGCACGUGAUCCAUAUUGUGGCUGGUGUUCCCUUGAAAACAAGUGCAGUCCGCGCUCUAGUUGUCAAGAUGAUGCGAACGAUCCCUUAUACUGGAUUAGUUACAAGACCGGUAAGUGUACAACAAUAACAAGUGUUGUACCACAUCAAUUGCAACGAACCACCGCAAGAACCUUAGAGCUCAUUAUUGAUCAUUUGCCGCAACUGAAAGAAAAUCUCGUGUGUGCUUUUACCACGGAGGAGAAGGCAUUAUUUACGAAUGCAACAAAAAAGCGUAAUGGUGUCAACUGUACCACGCCACGUACCGAUAUGCUGCCACAAAUAGAACAGGGUAAACACCACUUUACAGCCAAGUUAUCCGUUCGAACGAAGGAUGGGCCCGAUCUUGUUUCUACCGAUUUCACCUUUUUUGACUGCAGUACACAUUCUUCAUGCACUAGAUGCGUUUCUUCAGAGUUUCCAUGUGAUUGGUGUGUGGAGGCACAUCGUUGCACUCAUGACACUGCAGAAAAUUGUCGCAACGAUAUUCUUGUUACUGGCGUUUCCCGCAUCGGACCUAGUUACCGCUCAGGUCCUGGAUUUUGUCCUACAAUUAACGCCACUGGUGAAGGCAGUGAAAUGCUAGUUGCUGCUGGAACCAGUAAGUCCAUUAAAGUAAAAGUGCACAUAAUUGGACAAUUUAUAGUUCAAACGCGUUUUGUAUGCCAGUUUAACAUCGAAGGCCGUGUUACUAGUUUAAACGCACAACUUCUGGGAGAUACCAUAUAUUGUGACAAUAUGGAGUUUCAGUAUACUUCGCGUUCGCCGAAUUUGACUGCAACUUUUGCUGUUAUCUGGGGUGGCUCAAAACCUCUCGAUAAUCCACAUGAUAUUCAUGUUGUUAUAUAUAGAUGUCGUGAUAUGGCCGAUAGCUGUGGUAUGUGCUUGGCUUUGGCUGAAAAAUAUAAUUGCGGCUGGUGUUCAUCUACAAAUACGUGCGAAGUAGAAGAACAGUGUAACAAAAAUAACGAAGGUAAAACCGAUUGGUUGAAUCGCAUGGAAACUUGCCCAAAUCCCGAAAUACACUCAUUUUAUCCAAAGACGGGCCCGUGGGAGGGAGGCACGAAUAUUACUAUACGCGGCAUCAAUUUAGGCAAAAACUUCACCGAUAUAUAUUCAGGUGUACGUAUAGCCGGUAUUAGUUGUAUGCCUUUCCAGCAGUACUAUAUUGAUACAAAGGAGAUUGUGUGUAACGUGGAUAGCCCGGGCGUUCAAUUAUAUAGAAAUGGUCGUAUAGUUGUCCAAAUCGGCGAUUAUAGAGGCGAAUCUAAGGAAGAUUACGAGUUUGUGGACCCGAAAAUAACUAAUUUCUCACCUCAGUACGGCCCUGUUUCGGGGGGUACGCAUGUCCGCAUAAUCGGAAAAUAUCUGAAUGCAGGAUCACGAAUCCAAUCAUUCAUAAAUGAGCAUUUGCCGUGCGAGAUAAUGAGCGUAGAUGUUACACAGGCUAUAUGUCGCACUGCGCCUUCACCAGGCAUCAUUGAAGGCAGACUUAAGAUGUUAUUCGACAACGGACAACGCGAGUUCAAUGAAUACAAUUUUAAAUAUGUUCUAGAUCCCACCAUUGAACAAGUAUCAUCGGGUCCAAGUGGCCAGCUCAAAGUGCCACGAGGAAUACCGGCCGGUGGUAUUGAAAUCGCAGUGGCUGGAACACAGUUUAAUUUUAUUCAAAGUCCAAGAAUGUAUGUUUACUACAAAAAUAAGGUAUUUUAUAGUCAAUGCAAGGUUGAAUCAGCGACAGAAAUGAUAUGUUUCUCACCUGUAAUUGCAACUGAUAACGAUGUACUUGAUGCAGAAAAACCGGAAUUGCUUGAGUAUGGAUUCCUCAUGGAUAACGUGUUGCGAGUUCAAAAUCUUUCUAGUAAACAUAAAAAUCAUUUUGAGCUUUAUCCAAACCCGUUGUAUUAUAAUUUCGAAGAGCAUAUCAAAUAUUAUAAAAGCGAAUAUUUAACAAUAAAUGGCCGCAAUUUGGAUCGUGCAUGUAAGGAAACUGAUGUUGUGGUACGAAUAGGCAAAGGUAUUUGCAAUAUAACUUCACUAUCUCGCCAACAAUUAACCUGCCGUCCACCACCGGAAUCGGCUACUGAGUCUAGCAACGAACCGGGUCCAGAAGUUAUUGUUCGCAUUGGGCAAUCGUUGGAGUAUCGCAUUGGUGUUUUGAGCUAUGCAUCGCCCAAUUUAAUGCACGAUUUAAGCAAAAAUGUACUGCUAGUGAUUGGAAGCGGUACCGUCGUCAUACUAAUAAUUUUUGUCGCUCUUCUUGUUGCCUAUAAGAAGAAAACAUCCGAAUCAAACCGAGUUUUGCGGAAUAUGCAAGAGCAAAUGGAUAUAUUAGAACUUAGAGUAGCUGCUGAAUGCAAAGAGGCCUUUGCCGAACUUCAAACAGAAAUGACCGAUUUAACAGGUGAUCUUACAUCUGGUGGCAUACCAUUUUUGGAUUACCGUACAUAUGCAAUGAAAAUUCUUUUUCCAAAUCACGAGGAUCAUAUUGUAUUACAAUGGGAACGACCUGAAUUAUUACGUAAAGAAAAGGGCCUACGUCUUUUUGGGCAACUCAUCAUGAAUAAAACAUUUUUACUACUUUUUAUUCGUACACUAGAAUCGAAUCGGUACUUUUCUAUGCGUGAGCGUGUCAAUGUAGCUUCACUAAUUAUGGUUACACUUCAGUCGAAAUUAGAAUAUUGUACUGAUAUUCUGAAGACAUUGCUUGGUGAUUUAAUUGAAAAGUGUAUAGAGGGUAAAAGUCAUCCUAAGCUAUUAUUGCGUCGUACGGAAAGUGUGGCAGAAAAAAUGCUCAGUGCGUGGUUUACAUUCCUGUUAUAUAAGUUUUUAAAGGAAUGUGCCGGAGAGCCUUUGUAUAUGCUGUUUCGGGCAGUAAAAGGCCAAGUAGACAAAGGACCUGUCGAUGCAUGCACACAUGAAGCGCGUUAUUCACUUAGUGAAGAAAAACUUAUAAGACAACUUAUCGAUUUUCGCCCAAUGACGGUGUAUGCAAGCAUCAUUCAACAGCCAAUAUUUUGCAAUAGUAUAGAUAUGAUGCCAACUCAUACCGAAAAUGUUCCAGUAAAAGUGCUCGAUUGCGAUACAAUUGGACAGGUUAAAGAGAAAUGUUUGGAUACGAUAUAUCGUAAUAUUCCCUGGAGUCAGCGGCCGCGUAAAGAUGAUCUUGAUUUGGAAUGGCGCACUGGAGCUAGUGGUCGCGUUAUUCUAUAUGAUGAAGAUACAACAUCAAAAACGGAGAGUGAAUGGAAGAAACUCAACACACUACAACACUAUAAUGUUCCUGACGGCGCUGGCCUGAGUUUAGUUCCCAAGCAAAGUUCUAAUUAUAACUUUUCAAUCCUGUCUGACAAAAAUGAGAAAUGUCACAAAUAUGAAACAUUGAAUUUAUCGAAAUAUACAUCUUCCUCACCAACGUUUAGCCGAGCUGGAAGUCCACUCAAUAAUGACUUACACGAGAAUGGUAUAAAAUUUUGGCAUUUGGUUAAGCACCAUGAUAGCGAUAUUCAAAAAGAAGGCGAGCGUGUUAAUAAGCUCGUGUCUGAGAUAUAUCUAACCCGUUUGUUAGCAACCAAAGGAACAUUGCAAAAAUUCGUCGAUGAUCUUUUCGAGACGAUCUUUAGUACAGCUCACAGAGGUUCAGCGUUACCGUUAGCAAUCAAAUAUAUGUUCGAUUUUCUGGAUGAUCAAGCGUUGUUACAUGGCAUAACAGAUCACGAAGUUGUACAUACAUGGAAGAGUAAUAGUUUGCCAUUAAGAUUUUGGGUUAAUUUAAUUAAGAAUCCAAAUUUUGUGUUUGACAUACAUAAGUCGAAUAUAGUUGAUUCCUGCUUAUCCGUUGUAGCUCAAACCUUUAUGGACUCGUGUUCCACGUCAGAUCACCGAUUAGGUAAAGAUUCACCGAGUUCCAAAUUACUGUACGCAAAAGACAUACCGGAAUAUCGAAAAUGGGUUGAAAGAUAUUAUCGUGAUAUAAGAGAAAUGUCAUCAAUUUCCGAUCAGGAUAUGAAUGCUAUGUUGGCCGAGGAAUCGAGAUUACAUACUACGGAGUUCAAUACAAAUUGUGCCCUCCACGAACUAUAUACUUAUGCUGUAAAAUACAAUGAGCAAUUAACAGUAACUUUGGAAGAAGAUGAAUUUUCACAGAAGCAACGGCUUGCCUUCAAAUUAGAGCAAGUUCAUAACAUGAUGUCGGGAGAAUAAAGAGUAGUAAAAGUUUUUUUAAGAAAUCGAAUUCAGUAUGCAAUAUAAGAUUUAAGUGUUCUCAACUCUUUCUGAACAUUAGCAAGAAUCAUCAAUAUCAUAACGCCGUCAAAAGCUAAGAAAACAACACCUUUAUAACUCAAAAUGCUUUGAUCUAUCAAUGCUUGUUUCAAUAGCACAACGAUGACCAUAUUUUUACAAGCAAAGCAAUAUUUUGAUACUGCCGGUGUAUACAAGAAAAAAAACGGAUACCCUGUCGCAGAAGGAGCAUUAGUUAUCAGGAUGUAUGUUAAAGGUGUGACAUCAGACAAACAGCUUUUUAUAUCUAUGUAUGUGCAUGUAAUGCUGUUCAGUACAGUAUAUGUAUCGUGAGACUACUACAAAUGCAUUGAAAAACAAUAUAAUGGCGUCGGAAGGUUCAAAAAUACUUAAGUAACGUUCGCAGGGGAAAUACAAAGUUUAUUUAAAUUUCAGUGAUUUCCAAAUCCGGUUGUAUUUCUUAUUAAAUAUCUGCAAGAUCAAAGGAUAGUUUUUAUCUUUUUAUUACCAUAAGUAUAUUUAAUGAGUUGACGCUCAACCAACUUUUCCAUUUCGUGUCUGAAGUAAAUGGCGCGUAUUCAUAGUCCAGCAACUAAGUCGAAACUACAAA